CUGCCUCAGAGCCUGCUGGGAGUUGGGGGGAGAAACCGUCGAGGGAGAGCGAGCAAGGGGGGGGGAAGUGUGUGUGUUUGUGUGUGUGCGUGAGUCCCAAACUGGAAACCACUACCAAAAAGCACACUCGCAAGAUUCCCAUCGACUUGAAAGCGCCACGGACGGGUUGUGUUGGCACUCAUUUACAACUAGCUGUGAAAACCCGCCACAGAGAGCCUGAAACUUGCGCGAUUGUUUUUUGUUUUUUUUUCCUUCUUCUUCUUCUUCUGUGGUAGCGGCUAUGGAAAGCGGCAGUGCUGUUGCGCCGUGCCGACCGCUCUGAUACUUGAGCGGAUUCAUUGGUUGGAGCAGCAUUGCGCAUUGGACCCGCUUGUAUAUCUACCGCUUAUCCAGAGGUUGGAGGAACAAUGAAGAACUAACGUACACGUUUCCUUCUCGCUCCAAGUCGAGCUCGUUGCAGACUUAAAUCCUUUCAAAGUGUCAUUUCUUUUUGUCUCGCGCCUCUUCUUUCCCUCGCGUCCGUUUUCCUCGUCCUGUGUGGGAUGCGUAGGCUGCUCUAGGAUCCGGCUUGUUGACAAACUGUUUUUUUUUUUUUUUUUUUUUUUAAAGAAGUUUACAACAAGCUUCGGACACAAGAAGACAGAAAAUGUCCACGCCGAGGUUCAAAAAGGAUAAAGAAAUCAUCGCGGAUUACGAGAGUCAAGUCAAAGAGAUUCGGACCCAGUUGGUGGAGCAGCAGAAAUGUCUGGACCAGCAGACGGAGAUGAGGGUCCAGCUGCUGCAGGACCUCCAGGACUUCUUCAGGAAGAAGGCAGAGAUUGAGAUGGAAUACUCCAGAAAUCUGGAGAAACUGGCCGAGCGCUUCAUGGCAAAGACUCGCAGCACCAAGGAUCACCAGCAGUACAAGAAAGACCAGAACCUGCUGUCCCCGGUCAACUGUUGGUACCUGUUGCUGAACCAGGUGAGGAGGGAGAGUAAGGACCACGCCACGCUGAGCGACAUCUACCUCAACAACGUCAUCAUGAGGUUCAUGCAGAUCAGUGAGGACUCCACCCGGCUACUCAAGAAGAGCAAGGAGAUAGCCUUUCAGCUCCAGGAAGACUUGAUGAAGGUCCUAAAUGAGCUAUACACAGUGAUGAAGACCUACCACAUGUACCACUCGGAGAGCAUAAGCGCCGAGAGCAAGCUGAAGGAGGCUGAGAAGCAGGAGGAGAAGCAGAUCGGCAGGGGAGAACCAGUCUUCAGCAUCCGAAUGGAGGACAAAUACCAGAGGCGCAGCUCCGUGAAAAAGAUCGAGAAGAUGAAAGAGAAGCGUCAAGCCAAGUACUCCGAGAACAAGCUGAAGUCGAUCAAAGCGCGGAACGAGUACCUACUGACACUGGAAGCGUCAAACUCCUCCGUCUUCAAAUACUACAUCCACGACUUGUCGGACUUAAUUGAUUGCUGUGAUUUGGGGUACCACGCCAGCCUGAACCGGGCCCUGCGGACCUACCUGUCAGCCGAAUACAACCUUGAGACGUCACGCCACGAGGGUCUUGACAUCAUAGAGAACGCCGUGGACAGUCUGGACCCCCGCAGUGACCGACAGAGGUUCAUGGAGAUGUUCCCUACGGCCUUCUGCCCACCGGCAAAAUUUGAGUUCCAGUCUCAUAUGGGAGACGAGGUGUGUCAGAUGUCAUUGCAGCCCCCGGUGAACGGAGAGCUCAUCUUGAGGUUCCAGCAGCUUCAGUCUCGCCUGGCUACUCUAAAGAUCGAGAACGAAGAGAUCAAAAAGACGUCGGAGGCCACUCUGACCACAAUCCAGGAUAUGGUGACCAUCGAAGACUACGACGUGUCCGAGUGUUUCCACCACAGUCGAUCUACGGAAUCGGUCAAGUCCACUGUGUCGGAGACUUACCUCAGCAAACCCAGCAUCGCCAAGAGGAGGGCCAACCAGCAGGAGACAGAGCAGUUCUACUUCAUGAAAUUCCGGGAGUUUCUGGAGGGCAGUAAUCUCAUCUCCAAACUGCAGGCCAAACAUGACUUGCUGAAGAGGACACUUGGUGAAGGCCACAGAGCUGACUACAUGACCACAAGCCGGGGACGACGGAACUCGCACGCUCGACAUCAGGACUCUGGACAAGCUAUCCCCCGUGUGGUUGAAAGCUGUAUCCGCUGCAUAAAUUUGUAUGGCCUUCAACAUCAGGGAAUAUUCCGUGUAUCUGGAUCCCAGCUGGAAGUCAAUGACAUCAAGAACUCUUUUGAAAGAGGAAACGACCCCCUGGCGGACGAUGAGAACGGUCAUGACAUCAACUCGGUGGCUGGCGUUCUCAAACUUUACUUCCGUGGUCUGGAGAAUCCUCUUUUCCCAAAAGAGAGGUUCAAUGAUCUGCUGUCAUGCAUCAGGAUAGAAAACCUGUAUGAGAGAGCGUUAUACAUCCGUAAGAUCCUCCUGACCAUUCCCAGAUCAGUCCUCAUCGUCAUGCGCUACCUCUUCGCCUUCCUCAACCACCUGUCCCAGUACAGUGACGAGAACAUGAUGGACCCGUACAACCUGGCCAUAUGCUUCGGCCCCACGCUCAUGCCCACACCAGAAAGCCAGGACCAGGUCUCCUGCCAGGCCCACGUCAAUGAGAUCGUCAAGACCAUCAUCAUCCACCAUGAGACCAUCUUUCCUGAUGCCAAAGAACUGGAUGGGCCCAUCUACGAGAAGUGUAUGGCUGGAGGAGACUACUGUGAAAGCCCAUACAGUGAGCAUGGAGCCCUGGAGGAAGUAGAAAAUGAGGGAGGGACAGAGACACACACCAGUGAAGACGAGGGCGAGCCCAUUGAAGCCAUUGCCAAGUUUGACUACGUUGGGCGCUCAUCCCGAGAGUUGUCCUUCAAGAAGGGCGCUUCCCUGCUGCUGUAUCAGCGGGCAUCAGAAGACUGGUGGGAGGGACGGCACAACGGCAUCGAUGGCCUGGUUCCACACCAGUAUAUUGUGGUCCAAGACAUAGAUGACACCUUCUCAGACACUCUGAGUCAGAAGGCUGACAGCGAGGCCAGCAGCGGCCACGCUGGCGAGGAUAAAUGCUCGGGGAAAGACAUGGGCUCGCCCUCAGACACCAGGAUCUCCGAGGCCUACAUCACCAGCAGGCACAAGAAAAGAUCAGACCCCCCCUCUCGGCGGCCCCCUGCCCGCCCCAGCGACGUCCACUGCACGGUGCAUCCCUCCCAGCAUAGUCACGGAGGACACGGAGGCACCCCGGAGAUGGGCUCCCCGGUCCUGGGCCACUUCAGCCCCCGGGACGUGCUGCGGAGUCGCAACAACCACAUGCUGGCGGACAGCCCGGAACGCCGCCGGCGCGCCGGCCACGGCAGUCUGACUAACAUCAGCCGCCACGAGUCGCUGAAGAAGAUGGAGAGCCCCCCGAUCCGCCGCUCUACCUCCUCAGGCCAGUACCCAGGCUUCACUGACGCCCACGCCCCCCACCACCACCACCUCCACCACCACCUCCACCACCACGGCGGCGGCGGCGGCGGCGGCAAGCCCCUGGAUCCGGAGACCAUCGCACAGGACAUAGAGGAAACCAUGAACACUGCUCUGAACGAGCUGCGCGAGCUGGAGCGGCAGAGCUCGGCCAAGCACGCCCCCGACGUGGUGCUGGACACCCUGGAGCAGCGGCAGACCUCCGGCGGGAGCGGCGGGGGUCCCACGCCGGCCAGCUCCAGCGAGUCCCUCAGCCCCGUCCACGGCGUCGUGCUGAGGUCCGCCGCCAACACCGAGCCGCCCAUUCGCCGCAGCGCCAGCUCCUCCAGCGAUACCAUGAGCACCUUCAAGCCUCUGGUAGCGCCGCGCAUGGGGGUGCAACUCAAACCCCCGGCCUUGAGGCCCAAGCCCAUGGUCCUGCCCAGGUCCAGCCAGGCCCCGCAUCCUCCAGCUGCUUCUGCUCAGGACCCUCUGGACAAGUCCUGCACCAUGUAACCUCUGACACAAGGAACCGGAGACGAAAAACAAACAAAAAAAACUUUCAACCUCAAUCCAUUUCCAGGGGGCUGCAAAAACGCUACCAGCGUCUGCUGUUGAUGGACAUACAACAUCUAAUAUCUAAGAGCGUGUAAAAUACAUAAAGCUGUGAAAGUGAAAAAUAAAAGUGGUGUUUUGGAACGAGAUCGUAAAGCGGAGUCUUGACGGGAUCCGAGAGACUCGUGUAAGAGUGCCGACAGACCUCCCGUCUCAAUAAAAAGGUUAUUAUUAUUCAACAAAUGUAUGGAAAUUCAAACAACAAAUCACAAAGGCUUCCUUCAAGGUUUUAGAAAACACGUACACUAGUUAGUUUAGUGUGCGGACAUUCGUGAACUGUGUAACUCUGAAUAGAACAACGCUGCAUGUAGCUCCUCCGUUCGCCACUGAACCUGAAUCGGCGCUUGGCGAGAACCGUAGCGACCACACUGGCAUUCUCACACAUAGAACUAGAUUGUUGUUGUUGUUGUUUGUUUUUUUUGCUCCUCCCUAAUAGGACCAUUGGAUUUGAUGUGAACUAGUUCAAAGGCCUUCUUGACUUUGAGAUGUAACUGAUUUCACAUGUUAAACAUUUUCAAAAGGUGCUGUGACUAGCUGGACAGAAACGGUUUGAGGGUUGGGGCUGAUCACGGGCCUGAAGAGCCUCUUAACAACUUAAACGGUACUCUGUUAUCACACAGCAUUGUGCUUUUCUUCACUGGCGUGUAAACUUUGCGACUUUUCUUUGGCAAGGCAUACCAUCCCGUCGUGUCUCAGAAAAUGUACAAAGAUCACCUCUGUGCUGGAUUCACUCAAAUAGAUUUUUUUUUUUUCUUUUUUAGGUAUUCCAUAUUGCCUGGAAUGAGAUAUAACUAUUGGAUAAAACCACUACUUCAUUUAUUUGUUUGAAUUUGAUGCAUUCUUGAAUUCCUGCAUCAAAAACUCACGACGCGUGCAUAAAACAUCGCUUAGAACUUUGCAUCUGUGUGACAAAUGAGGAGCCGUGUGAAAAAUGAUGACAAAUCAUCUCCUAUGUUCAGAGUAUAUACAACACAUAUGCUAUUAUACAGUGUGGAACACAUGCCAUGGCUACUUUUUAGGCCUUGCUCGGCUUUAUCUACCCAAAGACAUGACCGGGGUCUCGGCCCUCCAUAUAUAUCUUCAUACUGACUCGUGUAUAGACUAACGGCAGCGCCCUGUGGGACCGCUGCCGGUAGCCAUGGACCUAACGACUGUUAGUUUGAAAGCCUCCUAAUGUGCUCCCCCUGCUUGCUAUGCUUCUCUGGAAACAGCAGCUUGCUUCGUGUCCUUCCAGUCUGUUUUAUGUUCAUGUGAGAAUGUCAGUAAUGUGUUUUUUUUUGUAUUGUUCUCUGACUGAGAUGAGUCUCUCUCUCUCUUUCUGUGUGUUUUCUGUAUUUGUGGAUGAGGACACCUCUAAAGGCCUGGCGCGGCAGAAUACACGAGUCUCCCAUAACCGGUAAAAAGCGGCCCUUAUGUGUGCAGUUUGAGUAAUAAUUUCAAAUGCAAUAGCCACAUACAACCGUAUGUGCCAGAGCUCCCAACUGUGUGACUGACUGCACCACCUGUAUUUGUUUUUUAUAACCUCAGUACUGUAGAAAUAACAGAACUGGGUGCAUGUCCUGGGAUUGUUUGAGCUAGCAUAAUAUAACACACAGAAAAGACUUGGUUUGCGAUAAAUAAGCAGUGCUCUUUAACGGCAGGUUUACACUAUUCUUUGACUUGACAAGAUAUUGUGUAUAAUAAUCAAAAGAGGAAUUAACUUCCGACUUACUAACUUUCAUUAUUUUUGUAAUCAUUUUUGUUAUUUUGUUUUAUUUCUGACUUGGAACAAAUGAUGUAGAAUAAAUAUCCAGAGAUACAGUUUGAAGCCAGAUGUAAAAAAAAGAAAGAAAAAAAAAAAAGUGUGCUUUUGUCACCAUGUUAUCGUCAACAAUAGGACUUGUAGGCUUUAAGCUACUCUGUAGUGUUCUGUACAUCUGUAGUAUGUACUUGUGAAAGUGCCUUUGAAGAUGUUUUAGAGGAACUCCAGACAUUCUGUACUGUUGCAUUUUUCGUGUCGGAUGCUUUUUGUGUUGAGAAAAUGCAGUGCAGAAAGAAGAUGCGUGAAUAAGUAACGAUGCCAUUUCCCAGUUAUGUCAGAAUUAUUAAUAAUAAACAGCUUACCCAUUGUGACAUUGCACAUUUGAUGUAUAUAACUGUAUAUAUGGCACGUAACAUCUUAACACCUAGAAUUCUUUGAGGGCUUAUACCUCCAAGGAUUUCUUUCUAAUAAAGGAAAUAGUUUGUCGA